AUGAACGCCGAAUUCCAGACCGCGCUCUCCACUUUUGAAAGCAGACUCAACGCCCUCGUCACAAGCCUAACAACCUCCCCCACCGCGUCAAACGCACCCGCCGCAGCCAAAGACCUCCUGACCGCCGACGACUCCCUCACGACCACGAUCGACACGCUCAAGCAACACCAGAACAACUACGCACGGAUCCUACAAUUACGCGCCGAAGCCCAAAGUCUAGAAGAGAGGGUGAAGGAUAUUGUUCGCCUGGUCGUACGCUACGAAAAGGACAUCCAGGAAACAUGCGGUGGUGACAAUACCGACAGCGAGUCCGACUACGACUCCGACGAGCUGGACCACGACAUGGACGCGCAGGAAACCGCGCCGCAACGGAAACGCAAGGAAGUUGACUACAAACUCCUCCUUGAUUUCGCCCGUCGGAUAAGCAAAUACAAUCACGAGGCAGCGGCCGAUGCCGCGGCGGGAAUGGCAAAGGGGAAUCGCGCAAUAGCAGGACAGGACACGGAAAUGACGGGGACAAAUGUCAAUGGAAACCAGGACGGAACCCCCGCGGAGCCUGUGGCCGCCGUCACAAAGGACGCUACAUCGUGGCUGGAUGAGUCGGCGAACAUGACGCGGCAGGUGUAUAUGCUGCCGUAUCCGAUGGAAGACAGGAUCCGGCUUGGGCUCAUGGGACAGAUACAGCUUGCGGCGGCGGAGGGGAGGCCUGGGUUUGAUCCGGAUCAGGAGGUUGAGCGGCUUAUUCGGGAGGCGGAAGGCGUUGGAAUGGCGGAGCCUGUAGCGCCGCCGCCGGUUGGGGAGGAGACGGUACGGGUCAACGAGGCGGCCAAGGCGGCUGCUCAUGCGGGCUCUGCGGCGGCGAGUGGGAUGGGAAUGGCGCCGGUGCAGCCUAAGCCAAAGGCAACGCUGGAUCUCGACCUGUAUGAUCCGGAUGAGGAUGACGAUUGA